GAUUUGACAAUGUCAGUCAUUCUUGAGUCAUUCAACACAGAAGUAAUCGUAAGUUAUAAAAAUGCCUCGUUUAAUAAUUUUUACCACUCCAUUGUCAUUUUUUAUUUUUUCGGUAGCAUUUGUUUUAACGGAAAUAAAGAGGUUGCAAAUCGAGAAAUAGAACUUAGUAACCAACAAGGUAAACAUUAUUAACGUCAGAAUCAGAAGUCGCCGACGCUGAGAAACCACCCCACUCCCCCACCUGCAUCAAAAAUCUGGGUGGCUCCACUUCUUACUUCUUAAAUAGCAUGACCUACAUCAAUCCCACCGUCCCGAUCCCGACACAGACAGAGUGCAAUCACAAGUAGGCCUCCAGCCCCUACAGGUGCAUUUACAAAUGGAAAAAAAAACCUAGGCAACCCAGAUACUUUCAUGUCGCGAUUGAGCGGCGACACGUCAUGGAGAACGAUGAAUAAUUGAGGGAGAUGCGCUGUCGUGUAAAGGAAAUCUGGAAUAUCUGCACUUGAAAAAUAAUUUACUGGUAAACCUUAUGUCACGACGAUAAAACAUACAAUUGAGUAAAUGAUUGAAAGUAGUUGCGACAGAUAGGUUUGCAGGCGAAACGCGCAUGCGCGUCCGCGCCGCGCCCGCGAGCCGCGCCGCACAUACCAAAUACCAUCGGACCUCCACUGAGAAACGUGCUCUACAACAAUCAUUAAAAAAAUACGCUAGUGAUGUUUUGAGUGUUACCUGGGUAGGAGUUAAGAUGCUGGCGGGGGGCGGGGACAGCGUGGCGGUAUCGGAGGCGCCGAGCAGCGACAGUGAGGGCUCGGACUGUGAGGGUGGGCCGGAGGCCGAGCAGGACGCCGCGCUCACCGAGGAGUGGGCACGCGAGCUGCUCGUCGCUGCUGGGGUCAACCACGCCAACGAGGUUCAUGUGGAGUCCCGUGCGGGCGUCGCCGGGGCGCUGUCCCGCGUGCUGGCUGUUACCAUCUGCUACGAGAGCUGUGGCGAGCGGCGCUCUCUCCCACUGGUGGUCAAGCUGCCUCCGCGCGACCCCUUCGGCCGCCUCUUCGUGGCCGAAGCACAGUUUGACACCCGCGAGAUACUCUUCUACACUGAACUCGCGCCGGCGCUGAAUAAGCUGGCUGAAGAAGCGCUGGGACCCGGCAUGGGUUUGCCGAUACCUAAAUGUAUGAAGGCUAGAUUACCAGAUGAAAUUGGCGGCGACAGCGAGCUGGUGCUGGAGGACGUUACGUCGGCGGGCUACGAGGCUGCGCAGUUUGCAGAGGGGUUGACCGUGAGGCGAGCGCGUGCAGCACUGUACGCCGCCGCGCGCUUGCACGCGCUUGCGCUUGCAUUGCGUGAGCGCGAGGGCCCGCUCGAUACCCGCUUCGACUUCCUGUUCCCUUGUGAACGAGCCGCGGCCGGCUACCUGCGCCUCGUGCGCCGCGGCCUACCACAGCUCGAGGCCUUCCUCCGCGCGCGACCCGACUGUGCCGAGGAGGCCGCCGCUGUCUCCGCCCUAAGCGAGCGCGCGCCUUCCUUGCUCGGCACGCUCCUUCGGCCCGCCGAACCUGCGCCCCUCGCCCACGCGGACUUCUGGAGCGGCAAUCUCCUGUUCAGGGAGCGGGACAGCGAAUGCGAGUGUAUUGCCCUGGACUGGCAGAUGGUGUCGCUAGGGCGACCGAUGGACGACGUAGCGCUCCUGCUGCUUUCAUCCUUAACGCCAGAACUGCGACGCGAAGUGGGAUCGGAGCUGAUAGAGGAGUACGGCGAACGGCUGGAGGCAGAGUGCAGACGACUGGGCGCAGGCGGGUCGGGUGUGGUGGUGAGGCGUGCGCUCGCGGCGGACUGGCCUCGCGCGGCGCUCCGUGCGCUGCUGCUGUGCGCCGGAAGUGUAGACGUGGCGUUGGGUGAACCGCGCGCCGAGCGCCGCCUGCUCGAGGCCGUGCGCGACCUGCAUGCGCAAGGCGUGCUGGCGCUGAAGCCGGACACGGAACAUUGAGGCGCGAUGUCGUCCCGGCGGAGUACGAGAGAGAUACCUACAAAUCGACCGCAAUUUAUAUUCCUUACUUUAAUUAACAUUCAGUCGGGUAUCGUUUUUCACGUCGAGUUAAUUGAAGCACAAAUUACAAUUAGCGACGUGUUGUGACAAAGGUUCGUCUUAAUUUAUCUAGAACAGCCGGGUGGCCAAGUAGCACCCGGCCUCGUUUACUGACGGUGCAAAGCCUAAUAAAAGACUGAAUUUACGUAAUUAUAAGUGUCUACGUUGUGCUUCGAUGUUACGUGUUGUAGGUUGUAGAAGGAUAUUAUUGCUCAGUGUAUUGAAGGCUAGAAUGCAUUGCGGUCUAUUGACUAUUAUUUAAAUUAAAGGGCAUACAAGAUAAAUUAUCAAUAUUCAAAAAAAAGUUUCAUUACCUACACAGCCUAUAUCACCCUAUAUUAUCCUGUGUCCAACUAGAGGCAAAUUGAUUCUUUUGAGAUUUCGGGGUUGGUCUCGUAUCGUACUCAACGUCUAGGUAAGUACUCAAUGAAAGUUAUUCUGAAUGAAGUUAGGAUCAGUUGCACCAACCACAUU